AUGGUUGUGAUUCUGUACGUUUCGGAACUGUCGGACGAACCACCAUCCAAAGUUUCCCAGGUUGAUCAUAGUAUAUUACAUCUGUACAAGUUUGCGAGUCCUUAUGUACCGUUAGGAUUCGAAGUAGCUGUUGAUGGCCAAUGGUACACAACAAUGUCAUCCCAUUUCCGGGCUUAUGCGGCUGAUGGGAUGGUACGGAAAUCGGGUGAAUACCCUGUAAUCCAACUCAUCCCGAUUGCAUUUAUCUGUGACCUAGAGGGGGCUAAUGAUAUCGUGGUUGUAGUCAUUGGUGUCACUAAGAUUCAGCAGCUACUGCACCUCGCUGAACAGUAA